AUGAAUGUACUAAAGGAUGUGGAGGUGGCACUUUUUAACACUAAUUAUGAUGUCAUUUUCAAAGUAAAUUAUAUUAAAAUCAUUGCUUUACCAACUUUUACUCUUGUCAAUGAUCUCGAAGUUGUUCCAUCUAUUCGGCAUUCUAGUCAUCCUACUAAUAGAAGAGACAAAGAGGAAGGUAAUGCUGUGCCUCUUUGUCAGGACAAACCCUCCCGCAGCGUUAUUAAUCUUCAAGAAAGUUCCCCACCAGCUACUUUCCUGAAAAUCCCGACAACAAAGCUGCCCUCGGGAAUUGACCACAAGCCCAAGGAAUACCUAGGACUCCUAGAAUGUAUGUAUGCCAAUCUCCAGCUUCAGACCCAGCUUGCCCAACCACAGAUGGCUAUUUUGGAAAAUUUAAAAGCAUCCAUGACACAACUGUCUCCUGGGAGAGAAAGCAAGAACUCUUCUCUCCCAGCCUUAUCUCGUAAUCUGUUGUUAAAUCACCUCUCCAAUUCAGUAAAUGAAUUGUGGAAAAAUUAA